AUGAAUGAUGCAGUGGAAGCUGCAAAUAAGAACAUCAAAAGAAUAUUGGAGAAAAUGAUCGACACAUAUAAGGAUUGGCAUGAAAAGUUACCUUUUGCUUUGCUUACCUAUAAAACAUCAAUCCGAACCUCUAUAAGGGCCACCCCAUUUUCACUAGUGUAUGGGAUGGAAGCUGUACUGCCAAUUGAAGUGAAAAUUCCUUCUCUUAGGGUGUUGAUGGAGAUAAAAUUGGAUGAGGCAGAAUGGGUUCAAAAUCGUUUCGAACAACUGAAUCUUAUUGAAGAGACUCUCAACACUCAAUUAUGGACAAAUCAUGACAAUAGAGGAAAAUGGAUGCCCAAUUGGGAAAGUUCAUAUGUGGUAAAAAAAGCUUUUUCUGGUGGAGCCCUGAUCCUUACAGAAAUGAACAGAGAUGAAUUACCAAAUCCUGUGAAGCUCGAAGAAAGUUUUUCAAAAAAUGAAAGAAUGACACCAAAUGGACGAAUUGUCACCAGAAUUAAAAGAGAUGACUUUUAG